AGGUCACUUCGCCGAAAAGAUAAAGUUUCACUAACCAUCAUGCUUAUCGUGCCAAAAUAGGCAAAUGAAUCUUGAAUGUUUCUCCCACUAGCUGGCAGUGAACUGUUCUACAGUUAGAGAGGAAAACACGCUUGGAGAUUAACUCGUGUUUUGGCUUUUAAUACCAAAACUGUCUGGAACAAAUGGACUUUAUGCUACAUGGAUUUUAAACGUUUCAAUCAAUGCGUUGCAAGUCAUAGGAAAUCAACACAAUCUCACUGUAUCACAGCUGGCUAUACACAGACAUGGUUCAAGGACUGAUGAGGAGAUGACACUGUACCACAGCCAUAGCUGUAGAUGUCCAGUCCUGAGGAGGAGACAGAAAGCCACUUGUAUCCCUUGUAAUCGCUGGUCUUUGAGACAGAAAGCCACUUGUAUCCUUUGUGAACGCUGGGCUUUGAGACAGAAAGCCACUUGUAUCCUUUGUGAACGCUGGAGCUUUUAACCGGAAACCCGCUUAUAUCCUUUUAUCAUGCACCAAAAACCUGAAUUAAUAUUGCCGAAACCUUAAUUAGCAUGGCCAAUGACUUGUUCCGAUUAUUUCGGGCACUUGAAAUUUCUAUGUGUUACGUUUAUUUUCCAGAAUCUACAAGCACGACACUUACAAAGGUGAAGACAACUACUAUUAUUUCCGACAAAACGCAUCAUUUGGAGCAAACAACAGCUCCUUAUGUGUCAACCAGUGACAACAGAAUCGACUGCGGUGCAAAUGCCAUAAUGGUUGCCAUUGCGCGCGAUGUCGUUGGCCCAUUGGGAGGUGACAUUAACCUUGUCGCCCAUCUCCGAGACCCACAAUGUACCGGGAAGGACAAUUCAAGCCACAUCUUGUUCACCUUCAGCCCCGACACGUGCGGCACUUCAGCUCGGUUGACCAAAGAUUUUGUUGUGUACGAAAAUGAUAUUUUUAUCAAGAGCAGCUCCAUUGCCCAGCAACAGGUGUCCGUGUCCUUUGAAAAUUACGUCAACACGGUGCCCGUGGUGUGCAAAUAUGACCGCAAGGAACUCCUGUCCAUCUCUUACAAGCCACAUUUCCGAACGCUGAAUGUUCUGGAGCAUGGGUUUGGUCAUCUGACGUUUAGUCUGGAGCAGUACCAUGGCGUCCAGUUUAAAGUACCGUACCAGCCGGACGACUACCCGCUGUCCGUGGACCUGAAGGACCAGAUAUACAUCCGUCUGGGCGUGAGGCUGGCUGCAGCUAACAUGUCCGGCAUGGCGCUGAGGGCAGACAGUUGUAAAGCAACAAGUUCUCUAAGUCCGUUUUCAUCUGAAGCCGUGAAACUUAUUGACAACGGUUGCCCCGCUAUGAAGGAGUUGACCAUGUAUCCUAGCAACGACCCCACUGAAGUAUUAUUUGGAUUUCCAGCGUUCUACUUUGUACGUGAUAUACAACAGGUGUACCUCCACUGUGAGAUGCAGGUCUGUAUGCAGAGUGAUCCCACUUGUUCCUCGAGCUGUCAGACUCCCGCCAGAGGGCGCAGAGAUGUGAGUGGUGCCUUCUCCUCUACCUAUAUCGUCACACAGGGACCCUUCCAGCCUAAGCGAGAUUCUAAAGCAAAGGCUGCGUACGUUGUUGCCGGGUGCAGCAUUGCCGCAGCACUCACAGCCAUCACUGUAGCUAUUAUCACUGUGACACGAAGCAGACGGGAGACACGUGGUUACCAGGAGGUAGCGACAUCUGAGGGCGAUAUGUAGAGUAACCGUGAUAAAAUGACUUAACAUUAACAUGAAAACAACCCCGACGUCCAUCUUUGGACAUUUAAUUCUAAUUUAGAAAAAGGGGCCGUGCGAAUUUUGAUUUAAUUUAGUUGCAAACCCUGUUGCUUUAAUUACGCUUAUCUAUCUAACAUUCUGAGCUCUUUCUCAAAUAUUUUAUUGUUUUUAUUAUAAACAUAGAGAAGAAGUUAAACACAUCAACAUUAUAGUAUUCAUGUGUGUUUAGUUUCUUGUAUUUCAAAACUAAGCGAUGUAAGCUCGUUUUAAAUGGUAUCACAUGCAAUAACGUUGGAUAAGUAGGUCAUAAAGAUGGUGUCAUAUUUGUUAAAUUUAAAAAAGCACAUCGGUGAUGAAGACAUAAUUCGCCAACGCAUACUAGCUUAUUAGCAAAUAAAGCGAUAUAAUAAAGCAAAUCUGUUAGCACAUGGCAUAUUAUCUUAUCGUAAAUAAUCAGUAUGCGAUUGAGUUCCUCAAUGUCCUGUCAACGGCAUAUCUCAUGUUUUGAUUGUUUGCAAUAUGUAAUGAAAUUCCAUUGACAAAUACUUCGUACAAUUUGUGUUCAUUCCAGUCAAAAUACAUUUUCUAAACUAUUGCUUAAA